AUGGAAGAUCAGAGCAGCAGUAGGAAGCGGUUCAGAGGCGACGACGGCGCGGAGGAGCUGGAGUUCCAUUCGGCCGAGGUGAAGAGGCUGAGGGACGAUCUCCUCGGCUUCCUCGACGACUCCGACCCCGAGCCGGGGGCCCCGGAUCUGGACUCCCUCAUGCGGAGCUUCCAGGACGAGAUCUCGGCCGCCUCGGCGUCCUCGCUGCCGUCGCCGGCGGCGGUGGAGGUGGUCGACCUCACGGCGGAGUCCGGGGACUCGAAGUCGGAGCUCGGGUACCUCCUGGGAGCCUCGGACGACGAGCUCGGCCUCCCGCCCUCGACCACCCCCACUUCGGGCGGCGAGGCGGCGCGGCGCGAGGCCGACCUGGUCCGGGUCGCGUCGGAGGAGUCCGGGAUCGGCGAGCUCUGGGAGCUGGAGGGCGGGUUCCCGGGCUGCUGCUACGACGACCCGUUCCAGUACGGGGCCGGGGAUGCGUACGGCGGCGGGGACGAGGAGGGCGGGUACGUGGCGUUCGACGGGCUGUUCGACUUCUCCGACGCGGGCUACGGCCCGUCCGAUCUGUCGGACUUCUUGUGGCGGCGCGGGGAGACCAUGCCGGCGCUAUAG